CCACGACCACCAGCCAGUGUGUGUAUCACCCAGCCCACCGAUAUCACCAGGCAGUCGUACCUCUGCCCCACCAGGGAUCACCAUCCCUGUAUCCUGACGUCACUCCCCUGGCCCCUAUGGCCACCCACACGCCCCCCGACGCCCGCCCCAGCACGGGGACUAGGUGGUAGCCGCCCGCGCCUUAGCGUCGUCUGCUAUUACCACACACCCACACCCUCGCUGGAGAUUAAUAACUGGGUAAACAUCACGGGCAGGUGUGGGAAACUUGCCUCGGACUGCCAAGCUGUGGGUCACACCCCUCCCCCCCUUCCACUAGGCCACCCGAACAAGGGGGGGAAUGCCCGCCUUGCCCACCCCGACCUCACGCCAGUCACCGUCGGGGUUCUGUGUCCUCGCGACCCGACAAAUCGAACCUCGAGAAAUCUGAUCGUAUUUGGCAAGAACGAUAAAACGGUGAUAAUUAGUCGUGUGUUUCAGUGAUUUUUUAAAGUGAGGUUUUAGUGUUGAGGGCGGAGGGGGCGAGAAUAGUGUAGAAUGCCGGGUGUUAGAGGCUCCUGUGUGUUUGUACAAGAGGUGUUGAACUGUAGAGGAUACGAGCAGUUUACCACAGCGUGCGGGUAACACAGCAUCCUGAGUGACCAGUGUGUGUGUUGAAAAUAACACCCGCCACACAGGGAGCUCCCUCAAGCCCCACAGUGCGUGGUGUGACGCUGUCGGGGAGGUGGUAUUCCCCCGUCGGCGUCUCCCACAGGAGCCAUGACGGUCUCCUACCAGUAUGACGUGGCAUCCUCCACCUCAGGCGGCUUCACCCGCCUCCUCUUCAAGUGGAAGGGUUCCCUGUACAAACUUAUAUACCGCGAACUCUUCCUCUUCUGCCUGGGCUUCGGCUGCAUGAGUUGUAUCUACAGAUUCGUCUUCUCAGAGUCACAGAAGAGGAGGUUCGAGGUGGUGGUGCUGUACUGUGAGACCUACAUGAAUUAUAUUCCUCUCUCCUUCAUCCUGGGAUUCUACGUCUCCUUCGUAGCCUCAAGAUGGUGGCAACAAUAUAUGGCUAUACCUUGGCCGGACAAGAUCAUCCACGCCAUCGCCCUACACGUCACGGGGUAUGAUGAGAAGGGCAGGAUGAUGAGGAGGACCUUGGCUCGGUACAUUAAUCUCAGCCUCGUGCUCAUCCUAAGGUCCAUCUCCUCACCGCUCAAGAAAAGGUUUCCAACGUUAGAGCAUCUCGUAGAGGCCGGCUUCAUCACUACAACAGAGCUGGGGAUAUACAAACUGGUGCCCAAUAAAGAAUUCAACACGUACUGGGUGCCCUGUACGUGGUUUACGGCCCUCCUAAAGGACAUCAAAGGCCAAAAAAGAAUACCCGAUCCUAUGGGGGUCAAACACAUCAUGGAGGAGUUUCUCGAAUUUCGAGCCAAAUGUGGCUUGCUCUGGUGUUACGAUUGGGUGAGCAUCCCGCUGGUGUAUACUCAGGUGGUGACUAUAGCCACUUACGCCUUCUUCCUGGCCGCUAUAGUGGGACGUCAAUUUGUGGAGAAGACGAGUAUACCGUACAAGGCAAAGCUAGACCUCUACAUCCCGUUCUUCACCCUCCUGCAGUUCUUCUUCUACAUGGGGCUCCUGAAGGUCGCCGAGCAGCUGAUUAAUCCUUUCGGAGACGACGAUGAAGAUUUUGAGCUGAACUGGAUCAUCGACAGACACAUGAAGGUCUCAUACCUCAUAGUGGACACCUUGUUACUGAGGACGCCCCCACUGGUUAAGGACAUCUUUUAUAACGACGAGAGCCCCGUCUUACCCUACACCGAGGCGUCUGCUGAGUUCAAAAAGAGAACGUACAGAGGCUCAGUUGCGAACAUGGUAAUCCCAGAAGAUAAACAGAACCUCAUCCUCCCGGACAUCGAGGAAGAAGGCGAGGAGGAAGAGCGUCGGCCCUCUAGUAACCUCACGUCUCGGCAACCAUCUGUCAGGUCUUCCAUCAACAACCUCGGAGGUUGGUGGCACCGUGUGACAGCGAAGUUCGGAGUGGGGGCCCCGGCCAGCACCCGCCGCCAUCACCAACACCAUGCUCCUGAUGCUCUAACUUGUUCCAUGCGUGUAUCUGCAGGUGGGGAAGAUGGCGGCACUUACCCGGACUUAGAGAUUGGCCAGGGUGAGUUGCUGGCCAUCCACCGCGCCCUCAGCAAACGAAGCUUCCUGGAAGGCAGCAAGGACCUUCGGAGCCUGAGCGUACCUGAUGACGGUCUGGCUCUAGUAGGCAGAAGUCCCUCCCCUCGAGGCAGUCGCAGGGAGUCCUCCAAGUCGGCCCCGCUCUCCAGGUCCUCCAGCAGAAGGAUUGGCACUGCAGGUAGUAAGGGUAUUGGGAGUGCUCUACUGGCUGUUGGGGCGCAUCAAGGCUUUCUUGCCGCGGAUCCGGAGAAGAUAAGCCUGGCAAGCAGUGUGUCCCCCUCCACGCCCACCCUGGAGGGGGCGGCGAAGGAGAACGAUGACAUGGACUGCAUCAUCUUACCAAUCUCUAACUGGAGUCACACCAUCGAGGCCUCCGACUCCGUCACGCUAGACAUGGGCAGCAUCGGGGACGACGACGACGCCUGGCGGGACGACAAGGCCAAACAACAGAAGGGCAAGUCCCCUUUCCGUCUGCCAGCGUCGCUGAAGGCAAGGUUAGCUGUUAGGAAGAAGCCCGUGAUCACCUGGAAGCCUUACCAUCGCCAGAUAAGCAUGUCCGAGGAGCUUCCUGUAGACCUACCAUACAGAUUCCCCAUUGAAAUGGAGUCUGUGCUUCCUGACGAGAUCAAGGCCGUGUUGCCCAAAGACCUGCCUCCUGGCCGCUUCGAGGACGAGUGCGCCUUCAUGUGGCGAACGAUUGAGGACGAUUCGGACUCAAUGAAGACGGCCAAUUCCACAGUGAGUGAUGACCACCAGUCAGACAGCUGGCUCCAGGACACAGCGGCGUUGUCACACUACAUAGGCGUGAAACCUCAACCACCUGAAGUAAAGGUAGAUGAAUAUGGCCUGCUGAAGGUGCCAAGACCUCAGCGACUAGUGCUCCGUAGGCCGCUGGGAAUACGGAGGGCGAGAUAUAAAACAAGGGGCCGCAUGCGGUGCCAUGCUUGCUCCAUGCCGCUGCUCACUUCCCCCCGGAGGAACGUCUUACCCAGCCUCGUCAGAAGUCUAAGUGAAAACUCUGUGUUCCUUGAAGCGGUCGUUCGUCGCGUCAGUGAGCAUUACCGAUCUCAGGAAAAACCUUCUCCCAGUAAGAACCCGUAUAUGUUCCUGUCCCUUCCCUCCCCUAAACUAGCGGUGAAUGGCAGACAGACGCGUUCAGGUGACCCAGGGUCCCUCGACUCACAGUGACUGGAUACAUAAAGAGUCGAGGCUCAAGUGUAUGGUUGUGAAGUUCGUGUUUAACAGUAUGUUGAAUUGCAUAUUCCAUUUCAUACUGAUGUAAUCAUUAAGUGUGUGGUAAUCUUCGGUAUAGCUUGGGAGGAAAAAUCUUCACAUGAUUUGCUUCCUGAUGCGAAUAAGAUCUUCUUGUUGACUUAACUGUUAAUUAUUCCUCAUUGUUAUUUCAGUUAUAAUAAUAUAUUUCAUAAAAGAAAAAGAUGACAGGCAUCGGCCUCUAAAUAUUUAUAUAUAAUACAGUUUUUUACUCCUCUAAUUGUUUUGUUAUUUCGUAACUCUGGUCGUGUGCAGAAAACGAAAUUCUCGACUAUGUGGACCAAUCCUGUCACAGGUCCCCGCUUAUUGGCUGAUUACCUCAGCCAAUAAGCGGGACCCUGUGGCAGGAUGAAGCCCUCCACGGGUGCGAGAAUGGACAUCCCAAACACAGCCAUUACAAACAUUCUGUGUGGCGUUGUUGAUCAUGUUUUGUGUUUGUUGUUGUUGACAAUGUGUGUGACCUACGACCACCUCGCGGACGCCUUCACAAAUCCGACGUAGAGAACAAUGUCUUAAGCUCAUGUGCUUCCUUUAAUACUUAUAAAUUUUUUUUAUAAGUCAAAGUAGAAAAUGGCUUCUACUGUCCUCAUACUGCAACUGAAAGGACUUCAGGUAAAAUUUGUGAUAUAGCUUCGUUCAUGUUUCUGUUUCUAAAUGCUUUGUUAACUACGAAACCAUUCUUGUUGACGCAGCUAAACAAAUUACCAAUUAAGCUAAAUAUCACUACGACACGAGUCUUGAGGCAAAGGAUGACUCUCUGAAGGAGCGAGAAACGUAAUGGAUAGUGCGCUCCAGUAAAUAUAAUUAACCCAUUCAACAGGUAAUAGCCUCAUAGAACGCUCUUCUGUUCGAGAGUUUCAUAUAUUAGAACAACGGGAUAGACCCACUGUUGGGAUAAACUGAGCGUUGGUAUAUGUGAGCACAGUACAGCACAGUACAGUACAGUACAGUACCAGUAAACAGUGAUGAGAGGUGACGUAUGCGAGGCUCUCCAGUAACACAGCUGCUUUUAUGUCGUGCAAGUGAUGAAGCCGCCGGAGUGUGCUAGUGUUCUUCGCUCAUAUCAAUAGCUGUUCCAAUGAAGAUACCAUGAAAUUAGACACACGACGGUAGUACUUAUGUAAAAUUUGCAGUUAAAUUACAUGCAUGAUGAGGUACAAGAGGGCAGAUCGUCCCUAAGAUGUUCUUGAGCUCAUUAGAUGUAGUACGGAUGGCAGAACGUAUGUCUAUCGUAAUAUCGCCAUUUACUUGUCAAUUAAACAUGUUAUAAAAACAUUAAUAUCAAAUCCAAACCUACUUAGAUCAAAAAUUUCUUCGGGAUUGGAGAGAGUUCGGUUAGCUAAGGUAUAUAUGUAUAAAGCCUACUUAUAUUGUGUCAGUUAGGUAGGUGUAUUUGUAUGUAUAUCAUAUGUACACCUAUCUAAUACAAUAUACAUAAGGUAUAUUACAUACUCGUAUAUACCAAGCUAACUGAACUCCUUCCGGAGGUAACAUGUUUAACGACAAGAAUCCUAACUGAUGUAAUCCCCAUCUUCUUUACCAAAACGUUGAGACUUGUGCUAGUGGUUCACAGUUACUGAGCAAUAAGCGUACAUUAACGGGCCAGAGCGAGGAGGACGGGUAGGGAACCUGGCGACAGCUCGAGAGACCCAGGUCAGACUGUAAAGACUCCCAAUUUAAGAGACUUUCAAAUGCACUUUCCGUAUUUUUCAUUCGUCUGUUGUAUGGUGCGUCACUUAAUUAUGACUUUUGUUCACACACACACACACAUACACACACACACAUACACACACACACACACACACACACACACACAAUAAACAUAGAGCAUAAAAACAAAGUUAAAGAACAUUAUCAAUGUAUAUUGAUUUUUAGUAAAGUGUACCAUAAAACGUAUUCUAAGACCAUUUUCUUUUUUAUACUAGCUCUUACCAUAAUGUUUAGCAGAGACUGAACUAUUUACACCACUUUACGUGCUUUUUACUGAAUUUCUGUAAGUUUUGUUUAUAAACAUACAAGAUGAGGAAGACAUAGUCGUGGGUCUUCCCAUCUUUACAUACAAAUGUUAUGACGAAGGAAAGAGUACUAUACAAUCUGUAAACAAAGUGUAAAAUGAGAAGCGAGUGAAUCCUGUUAUCAGAUCAGUGACAAUAAUAUAUCGGGAGUGAAUGAGGAAGCUUUGGUGGGUCUCUUGAGUGCUCGGAGGUGAAGAUCCCAACAAAUGGUAGACGCGAUAAGUAGACGCGCUAGUGAGUUCACCACCAGUAUAGACAAUGUGGGUCUCCUGGGCGGCCUCUACCUCUUCUACUGUUAAAAAAAAAAAAUAAAAACAUUCCAGCAUUUGCUCUCUAGGGCUGUUGAUACUCUCAAAAUAAAUCUUUCUGGAGGAAUUAUA